CAACAAAAAAGGUGUCUGGUCUUUGGGGAGGGAAGACUUUAGGGAACUAUAACCAAAGAGAAUACCGCGCAUCGUUAUCUGGCCUUGGACUAAAGAUAAUUUCUCAUACGUGUCAUUACGAUAAUUAAAGAGUCCAGAGUGCAUUCUGUAUGGCAAGACUAAAGUAAGGAAUUUGGAAACACAACUUCCAGUGCAGGGGUAAGACGUUGUCCUUUCUGGACUGUCCCUAAUGAUGGACUUUUCCGUCACAGUGAUUUGCUUGCUCUUUGAAACAGCUGUCUUAGCAGAUAAAUCCAAUGCACAUUUUAUUGUUGUACCUCAGGAAAAAAGCUUUGGCUGAUGUAAAUCAGCAUAGAUCAUGGCAGCUAAUUAAAACAUAUACAAAAGGACACUUGUGUAAAUCGAAUCAAGUAUUUUGCUGUCAUUAUUACUUUGAAAUUAUUUUAAAAUCAGUAAUGUUUUAUUUGUGCUUUUGAGUAUUAGGAAAUAGAAAUGAGAGAUGCUGUAGCUGUCAUAAUGCACGUGGACUAAAAUGCAAUAAAAAUCGAUAUGGCUACAGUUUCUAUACAUAUAUUAGGAAUAACAACGUAUGCCUCUUUUAGUUCAGUACAGAUAAAAGCAGACCUUUGGGGGCUUAACAAUGUAUUAUUGCGUCAUGCAGUUUAAAUCACGGAUUGCCCCUUUAAAGACAAGUUAAUUUGGGGAACUUGGACAAUAAUUAAAACGGCGCGAGGUGGGAGGGAUGGUUUAGUAGUUGAAACAAAAGCUCUGCUUAAGAAAUGCCCACUCCAGUCACCAUUUCAUUUUUCUUAACUCUGGCCCACUGUGUGAACCCUGAGCCCACAGAAACCAGUAAGAUGACGGACUAUGAAACUUCAACGGCUUUCCUCGGAGAGUGGGGAUGUUUCCAGCAGCAGGUGUUUUUCCUCCUUUCUUUUACCGUCAUCCCUAACGGUUUGACUGGCCUUUCCACGGUGUUCCUAGCCGACACGCCGUCCCACCACUGCCUCAUACCCGCGCAACUCAACCUCACCCCCGCGUGGAGGAACAGCAGCAUCCCGCUGGAGCAAGAGAGCAGCCAAGGUGGCGCGUUGGUGCGCAGCAGGUGUUCCAGAUACAAACUUGUUGAUAUCCUGAGUUUCUCUGAAAAAGGCUUGCUGCCCGACGUUGAUGUGAAUCUGUCUACUGUGCCGAAAGAAAGCUGCUUGGACGGAUGGGAGUAUGACCAGAGCAUCUACAUUUCUACAAUCAUAUCGGAGUGGGACCUGGUUUGUGAUGAAAGCUGGAAGAAACCACUGACUUCUUCUUUCUUCUUCUGUGGAGUUCUCACCGGUUCCUUCAUUUCAGGACAGCUCUCUGACAGGUAUGGGAGAAAAAUAGUUCUGUUUGCUACGCAGGCAAUUCAGACGGUAUUCACAUUGAUCCAGGUCUUCUCUCCAUCUUGGACGGCAUUCUGCGCCCUGUUCUUUGUCGUUGGUGUGGGCCACAUUUCCAACUAUGUGGCUGCGUUUGUGUUAGGAGCGGAGAUAUUAAGCCCAUAUGUGCGGACUGUUUAUACCACGGCGGGUGUGAAUCUGUUCUUUGCUGGGGGCUACAUGCUUUUGCCGUUCUUUGGUUUCUUCAUCAGGGACUGGAGGAUGCUCCUCUUAGGCAUUUCACUGCCUGGCUUCUUCUUUGUGCCUCUCUGGUGGUUUAUCCCAGAGUCUCCUCGGUGGCUACUCUCUCAGGGAAGGAUAGAAGAAGCUGAGGCCAUAAUCAGAGACGCUGCUAAGAAGAACAAGGUGGAGCCUCCAUCAGUCAUCUUUAGUCCCUUGCAGGAACAACUUAAGCCUGAGAAGAGAAGGGCCCACAACAUCUGUGACCUGCUUCGUUCUCGAAACAUCCGCUGGAUCUCUAUCACGCUGUGGCUGAUCUGGAACACCUUGACCAUUGCCUACUUUGCUGUUUCCCUGAACACGGCAAACCUUCAUGGGAAUGUGCACUUCAACUGUUUCCUGUCAGCUCUGGUGGAGAUACCAGCCUACAUUUUGUCAUGGACUAUGUUUCGCUGGUGUUCCAGACGGCUGACUUUGUCCUCAUCAUUGUCCAUGGGAGGGUUGUUUCUGCUACUCAUUCAGCUUAUUCCAACACAUCUGUUCUCUUUGGCAAUAGCACUGGAGAUGAUAGGGAAGUUUGCAGUGACGACAGCGUAUUCUUUGGUCUACGCCUUCACAGCUGAGAUCUACCCAACUGUGCUGAGAAAUACAGCUCUCGGUGCCUGUUCUAUGGCCUCCAGAAUAGGAAGCAUUACUGCUCCGUUCUUCAUUUACUUAAGAAGCUAUUCCGUUUCACUGCCUUACAUCCUUAUGGGAAGCCUUACAGCCUUAGCAGGGUUGCUGAGUCUCCUGCUGCCUGAGAGCUUUGGAAUGCCUUUGCCUGAGACCAUUGAUCACAUGCAGCACUUUCCCGGAUGCUGUCAGAGAAAGCCCUAUACUCUCACACACAUGAGAGAAGAGGAAAAUGCUCCUGAAUGAAAGACUACAUAAACAAGGAGAAAAGUGAAAAUCUGACUUGAUUCGAAUCACUGGAUGAGCAGAGAUUGUGUACUCGUUUCCACUAAGUGACCUCUUUAAGGACGUAGGUAAAAUUAUUGCUGUGUUGUCACUGGAUGUAUAAAAUUAUAUCAGUUCAAGGGGACCAGAGAGGUAAUUUCCUUACAAAACUGGAAAAUAUUUUUUUACAUUAUAGCAAAAAAAAUAUUAUAAAAGGAAGCUUAUACUCACCACCAAUUUGACAACAUUAGGAUGUACAGUAGGAAACUUGAAAGAGUAACUUGCAGAAAGUUUGUAGAAAUUCAGUAAUUUGCUUAGAAUAUAGUGGGAAUACAUAAUGCAUUUAAUGCAUUUUUAAUGGAAGGUUUAUUCAUUAAUUGCUUACCAUG